AUGGGCUCACGCAUCAACACACGGUGCUGGUUCCGGUGUGCGUCAUCCACUCUCACGCUAUCCGUAGUGUUACUGUUAACCGUGAUCGUUGUUGUUCGUGCGGACAUGGAAGUGGGAGAUGAGUGCGUAGUGCAACGUACGAAUGUGCCCGGUGUCUGCCGUGCCGUGUCCGAAUGCCCGUCCGUGAUCGACGACAUCCGGAAUCGGCGGGGAAAUCCAACCAAGUGCGGAUUUGUCGAUCGUGUGCAGAUCGUUUGCUGUCCCCGUGCAACCACCAGUGUGGCACCCACCGUCUCAUCUACGCCAUUACCCUUGACAAGCAACAAAAAUCAGCGGGUCAUGGAAAAGUGUGCCGAGUACGGACAAGCGGUUUAUUCAAAGGAAUACGUCAACUCGCUCACCGCUGACCAGCCCAAACUGCAAACGAUCGAUAAAUGUGGCCACACGGCCGUCGAGCUAGUGGUGGACGGGGAGCUUGCGAAGGCACGCGAAUUCCCGCACAUGGCACUGAUCGGUUAUGGAAACGGAUCGGAAAUCAGGUACCUCUGUGGGGGAUCCCUUGUUUCCGAUCGAUUCGUGUUAACUGCAGGACACUGUCUGACGUCAACAACGUUUGGACCUGCCACGAUUGUGCGGCUGGGCGAACUGUCGUUAAGCUCAACAACGGACGAAGCAUUCCCCGAGGAUUACGACGUCACCGAACGGAUUCCACAUCCCGAGUACAAGCAAUCGUCACACUACAACGACAUUGCUCUAAUCAAGCUCAAUCGGAAGGUUAUUUUCUCACCCUACAUCCGGCCCAUCUGCUUACCGGUGCAAGAGGGAAUUACGCAAAAGCGAGCCAUCGCCACCGGAUGGGGUGCAAUCGGAUUUGGCCUAGAGCAAAGCACUUCUCUCCUCAAAGUAACGCUCGAUUUGUUUCGCUUCGACGAGUGCCAAAAUCAGUUCGAAAUAACGCGCAAGCUACGCACUGGCCUGAACUCCACGACGCAGAUGUGCGCAGGGUCGCGUAAUUCAACCAAGGACACCUGCCAGGGUGAUUCGGGAGGACCUCUCCAGGUGUAUAAUGACGCCAGUGUGUACUGCACCUACACUAUCAUUGGUGUUACUUCGUUCGGGCAAAGUUGUGGACUGGCCGGUGUUCCGGCCGUGUACACAAACGUAUUUGCCUAUCUUUCCUGGAUAGAAAAUUUGAUCUUUUAA